AUGGAUGGAUGGAUGGAUGGAGGAAUGAUUCGAAUUAACCUCUUUGAUCCAGAUCAGCCAGGAGAAUCCAAGGCUCAGAAGUCAUGGAUAGAGAGAGCAUUUUACAAAAGGGAAUGCGUCCAUAUAAUACCCAGCACCAAAGACCCCCAUAGGUGUUGCUGCGGGCGCCUAAUAGGUCAACAUGUGGGACUUACUCCAAGCAUCUCCAUUAUCCAGAAUGAGAAAAAUGAAAGCCAGCUCACUCGAAAUGACCUCCAGUCAGAGAAGUGGUCGAUCGGCAAGCACACACAACUCAGCCCCACUGAUGCCUUUGGAACCAUUGAGUUUCAAGGAGGUGGUCACUCAAAUAAAGCCAUGUAUGUGCGUGUGUCUUUUGACACAAAACCUGAUCUUCUUCUACACUUGAUGACCAAGGAAUGGCAGCUUGAACUACCCAAACUUCUCAUCUCAGUACAUGGAGGUCUCCAGAAUUUUGAACUGCAACCAAAGCUCAAACAAGUAUUUGGGAAAGGCCUCAUUAAAGCUGCUAUGACAACAGGAGCAUGGAUAUUUACAGGAGGAGUAAACACAGGAGUUAUUCGGCAUGUUGGUGAUGCACUGAAAGACCAUGCAUCAAAAUCUAGGGGAAAGAUCUGCACUAUUGGAAUAGCUCCCUGGGGAAUUGUAGAAAAUCAAGAGGAUCUGAUUGGCAAGGAUGUAGUCCGGCCGUAUCAAACAAUGUCCAAUCCAAUGAGUAAGCUGACAGUACUCAACAGUAUGCAUUCUCAUUUUAUUCUGGCUGAUAAUGGAACCACAGGAAAAUAUGGUGCAGAAGUUAAACUUCGCAGACAGUUGGAAAAGCAUAUCUCACUUCAGAAGAUAAAUACAAGGAUUGGUCAAGGGGUACCGGUAGUGGCCCUCAUUGUAGAAGGAGGACCCAAUGUAAUCUCUAUCGUCCUGGAAUAUCUGCGUGAUACUCCCCCAGUUCCUGUUGUAGUGUGUGAUGGGAGUGGCCGAGCAUCUGAUAUCCUUGCAUUUGGUCACAAAUACUCAGAAGAAGGAGGACUUAUCAAUGAAUCUCUGAGAGACCAAUUGCUUGUUACUAUCCAGAAAACCUUCACCUACACUCGGACACAGGCUCAGCAUCUCUUCAUAAUUCUUAUGGAAUGCAUGAAGAAGAAGGAACUGAUUACAGUAUUUCGCAUGGGAUCAGAAGGACACCAGGAUAUUGAUCUGGCUAUCUUGACAGCUUUGUUAAAAGGAGCGAAUGCCUCUGCUCCAGAUCAACUGAGUCUAGCAUUAGCUUGGAACAGGGUAGACAUUGCUCGCAGCCAGAUUUUUAUUUAUGGGCAACAGUGGCCGGUGGGUUCCCUUGAACAAGCAAUGUUGGAUGCCCUGGUAUUAGACAGAGUGGAUUUUGUGAAGUUACUCAUAGAGAAUGGAGUAAGCAUGCAUCGUUUUCUCACCAUCUCCAGACUAGAGGAGCUGUACAAUACGAGACAUGGGCCCUCCAACACUUUGUAUCAUCUUGUCAGAGAUGUCAAAAAGCGUGAAUAUCCAGGUUUCGGUUGGAUCUAUUUUAAGGGAAACCUACCACCAGAUUAUAGGAUAAGUCUAAUUGAUAUUGGCCUGGUGAUUGAGUACCUGAUGGGAGGAGCUUACCGCUGUAAUUAUACUCGAAAACGCUUCCGAACACUCUACCACAACUUAUUUGGCCCCAAGAGACCCAAAGCCCUAAAACUUCUGGGAAUGGAGGAUGAUGUUCCACUACGGAGGGGAAGAAAGACCACUAAGAAACGAGAAGAGGAAGUGGAUAUAGACCUAGAUGAUCCUGAGAUUAACCAUUUCCCUUUCCCAUUUCAUGAGCUGAUGGUGUGGGCUGUGCUGAUGAAACGCCAGAAGAUGGCUCUUUUCUUUUGGCAACAUGGAGAGGAAGCCAUGGCUAAGGCUUUGGUAGCCUGUAAACUUUGCAAAGCAAUGGCCCAUGAAGCAUCUGAAAAUGAUAUGGUGGAUGACAUAUCUCAGGAACUAAAUCACAACUCCAGGGAUUUUGGCCAGCUGGCAGUGGAGCUGCUGGACCAAUCCUACAAGCAGGAUGAGCAGCUGGCUAUGAAACUCCUAACAUAUGAGUUGAAGAACUGGAGCAAUGCCACAUGCCUGCAACUCGCAGUGGCAGCCAAGCAUCGGGAUUUCAUUGCACACACGUGUAGCCAAAUGCUACUCACAGACAUGUGGAUGGGGAGGCUCCGGAUGCGUAAAAACUCAAGUCUAAAGGUAAUUCUAGGAAUUCUACUUCCUCCUUCAAUUCUCAGCUUGGAGUUCAAAAACAAAGAUGAUAUGCCUUACAUGUCUCAGGCUCAAGAGAUCCAUUUGCAAGAAAAAGAACCAGAAGAAGCAGAGAAAACAGUAAAAGAAAAAGAAGAGGAAGAUAUGGAACUCACA